AUGGUGCUAGCCGCGACCGACAAGGAGGAAGAAGAGCAGCGCCUGCAACAGCUAGCCGAGCAGGAGCUAGAAGAGAUGGAAGACGACGAUAUCGGGCAAGGCGAGUUCCGAAUGGCCGACGACGCAGGCGCCAUGCUGGACCCGUACCUGGGCGAUGACUUCGUAGGUGUAAUGGGAUGA